CCACCGGACAAAACGUGCAUUCUUGGCUUUCGAAAGCUACGCUUUCGCUGUCACUCAAUCUAUUAUACAGGGGGUUGCGUGGAUCGUUUUGAUGGCCGUGAUUGGACCACGCAGACACAGUGGGCGGUAUCAUCGUGAGUCCCACUAUCUGGUUGGUAGAGCUAAGGACGGGCGGACCACUGCGUGCAGGUGCGUAUUUCGCGAAGAUUUUCGGCCACCCCUAAGAAUGAAAACAUUGAAAAGAGCCCUGCAUCCGGAGCGCACCCGGGGACCCGAGCUCUCUGUGCUGUCAGAUAGUGACCCGUGCGAGGAUGACGGGGGCGAGGGCGUCCCGCUGGAUCUGUCGGGCGGUCCGGGGAAGCGCCGUCGCCGCGGGAAUCUCCCAAAGGAAGCCGUGCAGGUCCUGCGGAGCUGGCUGUACGAACACCGCUUCAACGCUUACCCAUCCGAGCAGGAAAAACUGAGCCUGUCGGGGCAGACCAGCCUCUCUGUGUUACAGAUCUGUAACUGGUUCAUCAAUGCCCGACGGAGGCUUCUCCCAGACCUGCUGAGGAAAGAUGGCAAAGACCCCAAUCACUUCACCAUUUCCCGGCGUGCGGCCAAACCGGCAGCCGACACGGAUGGCACGCUCCCUCAAUUCCCCCGUCCCUCUGUGAUACGCUCCACACCGUUGCUGGACCUUAACCUGUUGGGCAACACUGCGACUGCCAUCCUGACAAGCGCCGGCUUCUCCCUUACCCCCUCCCUGGGCUUUCCAUGUAGGGACACCGCCCCCGCCCUGUUGCGGGCAGGAGAUGGGGGCGUGGCCAAAGGGGCCGGACGGGCUGGUGGAUACGGCACGACAAGCCCGGCGCUCAACACGCCGCCCCCCACACCCCCGGAGUCGUGUAGCCAGGACUUCAGUGACUUGCGGCUGCUGGUGGAUGCUGCUCUACAGCGGGCAGCGGAGCAGGAGCUCCAGCGGGGCAGCUCGGGCCGGGGAGACGCGGACUCUGAGGAGGAGCCGAACAUAGACAAGGCCACACCCGCAUCGCCCGGAGCACCAGUCUCAGCGGACGGGGACUCCGCAGAUGAUCAGAAACCCCCAGGGUGGGAUACUCCAAUGACUGGUACCACACAUGGUUUGCCAACCGAGAAGAUGAACGGCCCCUCCCCUGUGUGGGGGGUGCUGUGCGGCGAGGGCAGGCUGACCACAUGGGGCCCUCGGCCCGCCCUCUGUGCCGUGCGGGAGGUGGUUAACUGAUGAGGCCAUGAAACACACAGGGAAUGUAGCGUUGGCUCAUGGCAGUUUUAUUUUCAUAUUUGAGGCCCCAGCUUCGCUCACGAUGGGGGAACAGGCCAAGUUUGCUCAUUUCGCCAAAGUGGUAUGACAAGUGUAGCAUGAUUUUUAUAGGUGCUUUGAUUUUUUUUUAUUUUUUUUUAUGAGUUGGAAUUUUGUUUUGGUUUUCAUAUUUUGUUUUGUAAAAUAUGGAGGUUUGAUGGGGAAGGAACAUGUCAAGCACAUUUCAUUGGUAUUAUCUAUGUAAUACCCUGAGACCCAGACCAGAACAUACAUUUAGAAGGCGGAUGUCUUAAUACUUUACAGUGGGAAGCUUAUAAAGAUGCACAGAGCUAGAUGGGUUCAGGCUGUUUCAUUGCCUUUCAGUGCUGCCAGUAGUAGAUGAAUGGAUUGUGACUUUCUAUAGGCAACCUUUGUACGCACUUUAAAAAUGGAGCCUGCUAAACGUUCUAGUUUCGGUGAGAGACUCUGCUGUGAGCGGCUCGUUGGCCUGUCUGCUGGGAGCCCAGGAAGGAGGGGAUGCCGGUCUGUGUUGUGGCUCCUCGUUCCCCUGGGGUAUUUAGAGACCGCUGCCAGGUUCCUUCAGGAAUGCCGGGCAUUUGAAAGCGGACCAGCUGGACUGAUCACUGUGUCAUUAGAGCAUUUCCAAAGUCCUCAGAUGGGGUAAAGAUGGUCUAAACUCUCCGUGGGCUGUUCACAUUUCAGAAGUGAGGACUCGUGCUUUAUUUGACCCUGGGGGAGGAGUUUGGACUGUCAGACUUUUUAUUUUUUCAAAAUUCGUUUUAGAAGGUUGUAAUUUUGCAGCCACUUUUCCCCUCAACAACUCUACGGUUUCCAUGAAACAAAACGUUUUCCUGGGUGGGACGACCCCGAAAAUUGCUGCUCAUUUGUUACAUGCCCGGAAUUUAUUACUCUAGGUUCAUUCAGUGCAAAUAUACUUAAGGUAAGCAAUUAAGUAAAGCAGUAUUUCAGCUUCAAAUUGCGCAUUAAACCUGAAAUACUGUUUUGUGCUGCACAGGGAGAAGCUGAAGAAGCCACUUUUUGUCAUGAUUUGAGUUCUAACUAAUGAUAGUGUAACAAUCCAAUUCUACCUGUUUUUGAAACUGCAGUUUAUCAGCUCAGUUGUGUGACUAGGAUCAGUCAGAAAUUUCUGCCUAGAAUGUGAUGUUCAAAGUGAGUUGGACACCAGCCUAUCACACUAUAUUAUCCUGAAAAUGUAUAUCCCUGAUAAUGUUCCUGUAGGGGCAUUUUCAUAUUAACUGAAUGUGAGGCUAUAGAUGCAAAUGUAAAGUGUUGCAUUGUUGUUGUUUUUUCCUCUUAACAAUGUUGCAGCACAAUGGGAAUAUUGGUCAUCUUUGCGCUCUGAUGUGUUUAAGCAUCUCAUCUCACGUUCGGCAUAUCGUGCCUUUCUGGAAUAAUGGGUUGGGUGCCACUUCAUGGGCCGCAGUAUUCAGGAAGCAAACCUCUUCAAGCUAUCAAUCUGUAGUCUUAAACUUUGUACCUUUUUGUAUGUGCAUUUUGGAGAAUAAAAGGCUAAUUUUCCUACA